UUUAGAUCCCACUCUGUAAAACUGGGUGACAUCCACUCUGGUGGCAUCGCGCCUCGCAAAUGCGUGAUUCAUGGACGCAUAGAGCUUCAUUUUGCUCUCAGUGUGCCGCGGAUGCUGACACUGACGGCGUGCGACUGCUUUGGGGCAGGGUGGACCUCUCAACAGCGCCCCCCGCUGCUCAGUGAGAACAAACUGCACAAUAAUACGUGCUUUCCCCUUUAAGUCCCCAUAAUGCCAGAAAACUCUUCAACAACGCCAGAAAAAGUCGCUAGAUUUGUCGCUAGUCGCUUUUGAGAAAAUAUGUCAUCAAGAGGGUUUGGAAGGUCACCAAGUUGGCAACACUGAUAAAGUGCCUUCUACGAUCUUCUCACCCUUUUCAAGUGCAGGGUCGCCUAAGUCCAAAAGAACUUAACAGUUGAUAACCAUCCAGCUAUAACAAUCCAGCUCGAAGGACCAAGUGGUUGUUGCUCCUGGUGGUGAAGAUGGCUUUAUGGAGGGCAUCCACUGUCUGGAACUGAUGUCUGUUUUUGUAAACUUCCCUUGCCAUCCAUCCCCAAAUGUUCUCAGUUGGAUUUAGAUCAGGGGAACACACUGGGUGAGGCUAUUCCUCUGGAAGACGUCCUUUGUCAGGCGGGCAUCGUGAACUGUUGAAAAAGCCAGUCAUUACCACACAGACGAGGGCCUUCAGUCAUGAAGGGUGCCCCCUGCAACAUCUCUACAUAGCCACCUGCCGUUUGACGCCCCUGCACAACCUGAAGCUCCAUUGUUCCAUUGAAGGAAAAAGUACCCCAAAUCAUGAUGGCACCCCCUCCACUGUGUCGUGUGGAAAACAUCUCACGUAGGAUCUCCUUGUCAUGCCAGUAAUGCUGGAACCCAUCAGGACCGUCAAGGUCUUCUCAUCAGAAAAUAAAACUUUGUUCCACCUUUCGAUGUUCCAUGUUUGGUCUCAUACAAAUUCCAAAUGGACAAUUUUGUGGUGUUGAAGGAGACGUGGCCUUGGAAGACUUUUUCUUCUUAAAAGCCUUCUCUUGCAGAUGCCAUCCGAUGAUUAUUGGACUGCACUUGACACCAGCAACAACCUUCAUAUGGGCUGAGGCAUAUGGACUGAGGGCGGACUUUUUUGUUCCAUAACCCUCAGGAUCUUUGAAGAAGUUUCAGAGAGAUAUGCCAAACUGUCUUGCUGCGUCCAAACCUCAGCAAAUGGCUCUGUUGGAGAUUAAAUUCUCCGCAACCUACGAAAGGAGCACUUUAGAAAAUUAAUUAAGCCAAUUUCACCUCCCCCUUACGUUUUCUUUCUUCUCCAAUUAUGAGAAUGAAUAAGACUCACAAACUGGUAUUAGAUUUAAAAAAUGAAUUGAAAAAUAAGUCAGAAUAAUUUGCAGUUUCAAAGCUCCGGACUGUGCCUCUUCCCAUGGACGCCUGCAGACUCCUCGCCGAAGGAAGAGAGACAGGUCCCGAUCGAUAGUCCCCUCUGCCUUUUUAUAAUUGUUUUCCUCAGACCUGUGGCGCCAGUGUCUCCCAGAUAACUGUGCCCCGGAUUCUUUGACGAAGUUGCAUGACGCCAGCAGUGAUUUGGGAAUAAUCAGUGGUCCAAAACUGAACAAGCAGUAAAAGUACAAGACCUUGGAAAUGGAGAAGAAAGGACCAAAAAUUGGUAUUUCCACAAAUACGGGACUCAGCGCUCACAGGUACAGAAGGGGCUGGCGUGACAACAGUAGAGGAGCAGCAGAGGAUGGGAGACGAUCGCAAAGCCAGGGGAGGAGACAAGAGGCAGAUGGAAGAGGAAGUCGUGGUGGAGCAGCAGGGGAUUCGUUGAGAGGAGGAGCGGUUGGAGGGAAAGGCGGGUGGAAUCGGGGAGGAUGGGGAGGAUGGGGAGGAUGGGGAGGAUGGGGAGGGGAGAGAGGGAGCGGUUGGAGAGAACAUAUAGCAGGUGAGAGAAGACAUGGCUCAGGCGAAAGGCAAAAUAGGAGCAGAGAUAGCUCCUCAAGCAGAGAGGGAGCACGACAGGGUCCUCGACUGGGCUUCAAAUCCCUGCAGGAACUUUCUGACAAAGAUCCAUCGACGGUGGCCAUCACCCUUUCCUCGCAUACCGCCCUGCCCGAUUUUCUGCAGUGUACCGACAUGAAGCAGGACCUGGUGGAGCUCCUGUGCUUGGUGCUCAGUAAAGCCUUCAAGUCAAAAAACAACAGAGGCACCCUGCAGCACCUGGCCUGCCUCUUAAAAGAUUCAGGCUUCUUUCGCACCACCCUGCCCCACUACUUGGCCGGCAUGAGGUCAGAGUUCAAGCCGGCCCGCAGAGAACAGUACCCACAACAGCUGGAAAACAUUGUGCUGAUUCUCACGCAGGUCCUCACCAUGUUCCCUGCAAGCUCUGUGGAAGCGGUGGGUUUGCUCCUGACGCUGCUCCAAGCCUCCAUGGACAGACUGAAGACAGCAGGAGUUGAGUCCUCGCCUCAGGCGCUACAGGGCUUGGAAAGGCUUGAGGGCCUGGUGAAGCACCUCCAGGAAAGGUCUUGGGAAGGAACUCUCCACCCUCGCAGGGACACCUAUGGUCUCCUACUCUUUGAUUUUCCUGGUGAAGAGGACGAGCGGCCGGUUUUCAGGACCAUGUCUAUCUACCCAACUCCUGAGGAGUUUCAGCAGGACCACAGGCCCUAUCUGAGACCCAACAUCACCUCGCAGCGGUACACCAACACCCUCAUCUACCUGGACACGCACUUCAGACUCAUGAGGGAGGACUUGGUGCGGAGCCUACGUGAAGGGAUCCAGCAGUUGCGUCAGAACCAGAUGGAACUGGACAAUGCAGAGCUAAAGAAAAAGCACUUUGACAACAUCCUUGUGUAUUUUGAUGUCAAACUGGGGUCGCCCAAGUGCAUGCGGACUAGUCUUGCCUACACUGUCCAGUUUGAUGUCCAGCCACUUAAGUUUGUGCGCUGGGAGAACUCAAAGAGAUUGUUGUAUGGGUCUCUGGUCUGCCUGUCCUGUGAUAAUUUUGAGAGCUUCCUGUAUGCCACAGUGGCAGAUCGGGAGGUCAAGAAUCUUAAGAAUGGCAAGAUCCAGCUUACUUUCACUGACGAGAGCAGAUUCAACCUGGCAAGAAUGGAGAAAGAACAGGUGUUUAUGAUGGUUGAGACCCCCGCCUACUUUGAGGCCUACCGGUAUGUUCUUGAGGGCCUGCAAGAACAAGAUGAGGAGGACAUGCCCUUCCAGAGGUAUAUUGUGGAGUGUGACACAGAUGUGCAUCAGCCAGCGUAUUUGCAAAGAAACGACCUUUAUGACCUGGCAUCCAUUGCCGAAUGUAAGCAGAAGAAUUCAGUGCGACCAUUUCACAGUCUGCAGGAAAACGCCUGGCCGAAGAAGGAGGUGCUCGGCUUGGAUGAGUCUCAGAUGCGAGCACUCCAGCUGGCCCUCACCAAGGAGCUGGCAAUCAUACAAGGACCCCCCGGCACUGGAAAAACUCACGUUGGUUUAAAGAUAGCACACGCUCUUCUGGACAAUCAAAGACUUUGGGCAGAAGACAGGAAUUCCCAGAUGCUGGUGGUGUGUUACACUAACCAUGCAUUGGACCAGUUCCUCGAGGGGAUCCUGACGUUUUUUACGAAGGGCAUUGUGCGAGUGGGGGGCCGCAGCAACAGCGAGCUUCUGAAGAAAUUCAAUCUGAGAGAGCUGGCCGCUUCGCCCUUGCUCAGACAGCGUCAGCCGGCAUACCUGCGGAACGCAUUCCGAGAUAUAUACUCUGAGCUGCAUGAGCUGGAGAGAGUGAUCGAAGACCACAGCCGCAGACUUGAGUGUUCUCUGCAGGGUAUCCUGCGUGAAUCCAUCCUUGAGAACGUCAUUUCCAGAAAGCACUGGGACAGUCUGCACCGACCCAUUGACCUUGGGAUAUGGAAUCCCAAGUCCAGUUUGAUAAUGGAGUGGUUGGGUUGGUGUUCCACCGGCAUCCUGCAGAGGGAGACAGAGGACACAGUGAGAGAUGCAUUCUUAGAUGCGGCAACAGAGGGAGCAAUGGAGCCGCAGCAGGCGGACCUCAUCCAUAUCACAGAAGAGGCCGAAAUGAUUCAGGCCGACCGCUUCAUUGACGACAACACUGACAUCAAACCCAAAAAAGAUGAGAAAAUGGAGGCCAAUUCCAUCAAAAUUCUGCAGGAAUCGAUGCUGGCGAUGAACCUGGAUGCGGACGAAAAAAAGCCUGAGCAGUCUGAGGGAGAAUGGAUGUUUCAACGGGAACAGAUACGGAAGAUGAAGAACAAAAUCAAGAGAGAGCUGGCUAUGACAAUGGCUAUGAGCGCAGAGGAGGAAGAGAACGUUCAGGAUAUUUGGGCCCUCAGUAUGCCAGACCGAUGGAGACUCUAUCGGUUAUGGAUGGCGCGCUACAGAGCUGAUAUCCGUACCGCAACUGCAGAGUAUGAAGUGAAAUACCAACAGGCGGCGGACAGAUACACAGAAAUCAAACGAGACGAGACCCUCUUCAUCCUCCAGACGACCAAGGUCAUUGGCAUGACCACAACAGGGGCUUCCAAGUUCCGCCAUGUUCUUCAGGCUGUGCGCCCAUGUGUGGUGAUUGUUGAAGAGGCUGCGGAGGUUCUGGAAGCCCACAUCAUCACCACACUCAGUCAAGCAUGCCAGCACCUCAUCCUCAUCGGAGACCACCAGCAGCUGCGCCCCAGUUCCACAGAAUAUGACCUGGAGAAGAACUACAAAAUGGGGGUGUCCAUGUUUGAAAGGCUGGUGGGGAUGGGACUUCCUUUUGUCCGACUCAACCAACAGCAUCGCAUGAGACCAGAGAUUGCCCGCCUGCUGACUCCACACAUUUAUGCAGAGCUGGAAAACCAUCCCUCUGUGUUGAAGUAUGACAAUAUCAAGGGCCUCAGUACCAAUGUCUUCUUUGUGGAGCACAACAAACUGGAAACACAGUUCAAGGAGGGUAAAAGCCACCAGAACCUACACGAGGCCAUGUUUGUAGUUGCUCUUUGUCGUUAUCUUCUCCUCCAAGAGUACAAACCAGAACAGAUUACCAUUCUAACAACCUACACAGCCCAGCUCCACUGUCUGCACAGACUCAUGCCUGCCAGCCAGUUCACAGGUGUGAGAGUCCACGUGGUGGACAAGUACCAAGGAGAAGAAAAUGACAUUGUCUUGUUGUCUUUGGUGCGCAGCAACAUCCAGGGUAAAGUUGGCUUCUUGAACAUUUCCAAUCGCGUUUGCGUAGCUUUGUCCCGGGCUAAGAAAGGUCUCUACUGCAUCGGCAACGGUGAGAUGCUGGGCCAGGUGAAGCUGUGGAGCAACAUAUUCCAAACCUUGAGGGAGAAGGAUCAGGUUGGGAGGGCGCUGACUCUGUGUUGUCAGAAUCACCCAGAAACAAAGGUCCAAGCCGCUUGUGCUGAUGAUUUCAGCCAAGCUCCUGAGGGAGGCUGCACCAAACCUUGCGAGUUCCGUUUGGACUGCGGCCACGUGUGCGCAAGUGUCUGCCACCCUUACGACAAAGAGCACCAGAAAUACAAGUGUGUCAAGAAUUGUGAGAGAAUCUUAUGUCAUUUGGGACAUAAGUGCCCACUCAUCUGCCAUGCAACUUGUCCGGAAGCCUGUCCGAUCAGGAUUGAAAAGAUCAUACCCAAGUGCCAGCACAAGCAGAUGGUUCCCUGUCACCAGGACCCUGCUGACUUUGUCUGCAAGAUUCCUUGCCAGAAAACGCUCCCGUGUGGGCAUUCGUGUGAUUCAUGGUGUGGCCUGCCCUGCACCACCAUGUGCAAGGUCGACGAAAUGCUACAACUGAAGUGUGGUCACAGCCAGAAAGGAGCUUGUUUCUACAAAAGAUGUGACGAUGAGCCCCCGUGUCGAAGUCCGUGCGGGCAGCAACUCAAAUGCGACCAUGCCUGUCAAGGAACUUGUGGCCAGUGUUACAAUGGCCGCUUCCACUUUCCUUGUCUACAUCAGUGUGAGCGUCUUCUGAUAUGUUCCCACAAGUGUGCCGAACCCUGCACCCGCAGCUGCCCCCCCUGUGAUAAGCCAUGUGAGAACUGCUGCAUCCACAGCAAGUGCAUGAAGAAGUGUGGACAGCUCUGUGCUCCGUGUAAUGAGCCCUGCGCUUGGCAGUGCGUCCACCAAAGCUGCAGCAAGCUGUGCCACGAGCCGUGUGAUCGCCCGCCAUGCGACCAACCCUGCACCCUCACCCUGACUUGCGGCCACCCCUGCAUCGGCCUGUGCGGGGACAUAUGUCCAAGCAAAUGCCGUGUCUGCGAUGAAGACGAGGUCACUGAGAUUUUCUUUGGCAUGGAGGAUGACCCCGAGGCUCGCUUCAUCCAGCUGGAAGACUGCGGUCACAUCAUUGAACACGUGUCCAUGGAUACAUACAUGGCGAUGGAUGACGCAUCCCAAGCCAGUGAAGAAGGGCAGCUGGCUAUAAAGCUAAAGGAAUGUCCAAAGUGUCGGACUCCGAUCCGCAAGAACUUACGGUAUGGAUCUCACGUCAACAAAAGUCUGGCAGCGAUAGAGAUGGUGAAGAACAAGAUCAUCGGAGAUCAGGAGAACAUACAGAUGGGCAGAAUGGAGCUUGAACUUCAAUUAGAGAGACUACAUUACCAAUCUAUAAUUGACGAAGUAGAAUACAUGCAUACGACAAGAAUUCUGAAGAGCAAGCACCUCAUGGCCAACGACUUAUGGGUCAUAGAGAACAAGCUGAACUUCAUGGAGAGGAUUGAUAAACUAUUGACGGCAGCCUUGAAUAAUGCCACGCCCACCGAUGCCGACGAGUUCAAAAAGAAGACAGACCAAUUCCUGCUCUGGAUCAACAACUUUCAGCAGAAAUUCACUGAGCAGCAGACGUUUGACUUGCAAAGGGAGCUGAAGAGACUCACGCUGUGGACCGAACUCAUUGUCCUUAGCAGCAUGGCGGAGAAAACAGGGCAACGUGGCGUCAUCCAAAACAAGAAACAAAUAGUGGAGGAGGGGCUGCGAAAGCAUGGUCAGUUCACCGAGCAGGAUGAGCUAAGACUCAAAGAUGUCUUGGAGGAGAUGAAGCAAAAGGUGCCUGUCAAGGGAUUGGGGAUCAGUGAUGAGGAGAGAAAAAUGAUUGUCUCGGCAAUGAAGCUGCAGUCGGGACAUUGGUACAAAUGCCCCAACGGCCACGUCUAUGUUAUCACUGAGUGCGGGGGCGCUAUGGAGGCUCGAACAUGCCCUGAUUGCAAUGCCACCAUCGGUGGGGGCAACCACAGGCUGGCCACCGGCAACACGGUGGCAUCGGAAAUGGAUGGGGCACAGCACGCUGCGUGGUCUGAGGCCAACAACCUCCUUAACUUUGAAAAUCUUCACCUGUAGGCUAGUCUACAUAGCAGGUACAAUUCAGUGUCUUGGCAUGCGCAUGAGUCAUUCUAAAUGAGAAUUUUGUUAAGCUUACACACGCCACAACAGAUCAGUUUGCAAGGCAGAAUUUGUGAAGACCAGUCCUGUGCCCUGGUGCCCCAAGGAAUAUGAUGCCAGCGGCGCGUGCUUGGCUGUUUGAAUGACAAACGAGAGGCUGAUGACGCCGUGCCGCUAGACAGAUACACAGUGAAAAAAUGACUCCAAAAACAGCACUUACAAAAAUACGUUUUUUAAGACGCGUUCAUUCCGUAAUUGAAUCAUCACACUUGGAACUGGUCACUCGUACUUCUAAGCACACACACACACAUAUUUAUCUAUACAUACAUAUACACCCUGGACAGCCAAUCGCCGGGCACUUAUUUUCAAUAUACUGCAUGCAAACAGUUUUUUUGGGGGGGAACUGGGGAUACGAUAAAGAUAUAAAAAUACAAUGCAUGUAUUAAGCUUUCAUGGAAGCGAGUUCAAAAAUUUCAGUUUAAAUGAAUUUGAAUGUUCAAUUGUUUUGUGUUUAACAGCGAGUAUAUAGCUCAGUGUAUUUUAGACUGACAGUACAAAAGUGUUAAAAAAAGAACUGAAAGCGUGGAAAAUGGCAAAAGGGUUAAAUAUAAAAUCCAAAAUGUUGUGAAGAGAGAACGGUAGAGUGUUUUCUUUUUGUCUUUCUGCUGUAGCCACUUCAUUUCACACUUGUGAGAGCUAUAAUGGUGUUGUGCUUUUAAACUGCCGUCCUGAACUAGUAUUUACAAGCAUGACCUAAUGUACGUCACUAACAGCAUGUGUGCUAUAGCGUGGCAAAAUAAACAAUCCUGAAAUAG